AACGCCUGAACAUCAGCGUUCACGCCAAAUCCAACAUGAAGCGCGCGCACAACCCCCCGAAAGCCGCGCACAAGGUGCACAAGCGCCAGAAGCUCGAGAAGGCCACGAAAUUUGCCGAGAGCAAGCAGAGACGCCGAGUUCAGUUGAACGACCUAGGAUGGAAGACCGUCGGCAUGCCAGAUCGUUUGGAGGACACCGAAGGCUUCUAUGGCCUAGAAGAAAUCGACGACGUCGAAGUUCUCAAAGAUGCGACGACUGGCAACAUAACCUUCCAGACAACCAAGACCGAAGAACAAGUUGCAGAGGAUGUUGAAGCUGCCUGGAAGCGCGAGGAAGAGGAAGCUGCGCGCCUCGAGAAGAUGAUUGGCCAGGAAGGGGUAGAGCUUCCAGUCGAAGACGAAGAAGCAGCAGACGAAGAGCCCGAAGCCAAGAAAACUGCACCUGAGCAGAGUGAGGCGCAAAGCGACAACGAGUCUUUUGCAGGUUUCAGCGACGACGAGCAGCCAGCCACGAACGGCGGCAUCGAAAUCGAAGACCUCGACCCGAACAGCGCGGUGGAAGAUGGGCGGUUGCUGAAAAAGGACCGCCCCGAAAAGCAGGUAGAGAAGCCAAAGACGAAAAAGGAAAAGAAGGCAGAGGCGAAGGCAAAGAGGGAAGCGGAGCGAAAGCUCAAGGACAAUACUGCGGCUAACGCUGGGGAGUCCGCUGAAACAAAUCCAGACUACGUCGAGGAAGAGGGCGUCGAGGCGACUGAGGACUUCGAGAUUUCUGGCGAAGGAGCCUUCGACAUUCUGCUGAAUCAGCCAAUCGACGACGACGAGGUUGAUACGUCUGCGUGGGAGGAGCUCGGCUUGUCUGACAAGGUCAUCGGCGCACUGGCAGGGCUCAAGUUUUCCAAGCCUAGCAACAUUCAAGCUUCGACCAUCCCCGAGAUCAUGGCAGGCAGGGAUUUGAUCGGUAAAGCUUCGACUGGUUCUGGAAAGACCCUUGCUUUUGGAAUCCCUAUUAUUGAGCGCUACCUGGCCACUCAUUCUUCGCCGAAAGACAAGGACUCGAAGACACCGAAUGUGCCUACUGCGUUGAUUGUGGCGCCAACCCGAGAGCUUGCCCACCAGAUCACCGCCCAUCUGAACGAACUGUGCGUCAAGGGUGACUUUGUUGCGCCGCAUAUUGCGACAAUCACGGGUGGGCUGUCCGUGCAGAAGCAGCGCCGCCAGCUUGAGAAAGCCGACGUUGUUGUUGGCACACCCGGCCGAUUGUGGGAAGUUAUCAGCAGCGGCCAAGGUCUUCUGCGCUCUCUUAAGCAGGUCAAGUUUUUGGUCUUGGACGAAGCUGAUCGUCUGCUGAGUCAGGGUCAUUAUCAAGAGCUUGGUGAGAUUCUCAAGGUUUUGGACCGAGAAGACGACGAAGCAGAUGACGAGACGGAACCGAUAGUCGAAGUCGAACGCCAAACACUCGUGUUCUCCGCUACUUUCUCCAAGGGCCUGCAGCAAAAGCUUGCUGGCAAAGUCAAGCAUGGAAACGGUACCGGCGACAUCCUGAACAAGGCCGAUUCCAUGGAAUACCUUCUCAAGAAGCUCAACUUCCGUGAGGAGCAGCCACGCUACGUCGACGUCAAUCCCGAAUCGCAGAUGGCCAGCAAGCUGCGCGAGGGUCUGAUUGAGUGCGCCGGUCCUGAGAAGGAUCUCUAUCUCUACUCUCUCUUACUCUUCCAUCCGAACAAGCGCGCCCUUAUCUUCACAAACUCCAUUGCGGCCGUCCGCCGGCUAACGCCCUUCCUCACGAACCUCAAUCUCCCUGCACUUCCCUUACACUCCAGUAUGAUUCAAAAAGCGCGUCUCCGCUCUAUCGAGCGCUUCAAAGAACGCCCAGGCUCCAUUCUUGUAGCUACUGACGUCGCUGCUCGUGGUCUUGAUAUCCCCAAGGUCGACCUUGUCAUUCACUACCACCUGCCGCGCGCCGCAGACACCUACGUGCAUCGCUCUGGCCGUACGGCACGUGCUGAUGCUUCCGGCUCUAGUAUCAUCAUCUGCGGGCCUGAAGAAGUCGCUGGUGUGCGCCGACUUGUCGCGAAGGUGCACGCGCGUGCUGAGUCAGCCAAGGAGCAGACCAACAAGAAACGCGCAUUCUUCAUUCGCACAUUGGACAUCGAUCGCCGCAUUGUGGGCCGACUCAAGCCGCGUGCAACGCUGUCAAAGAAACUUGCUGACACAGUUAUCGCGAAAGAGAAAAAGAACAGCACUGAUGAUUUGUUCAUGCAGGCUGCCGAGGAUCUGGGCAUCGACUACGACUCAGAUGAGUUCGAGAAGGAGGCCAAGGGCAAAAAGGGGCGAGGCGCUGGAAGAAAGAAGAAGGAGAAGAGUGCGAGUGAGAUGACAAGAGCAGAGUUUGCUUCAAUCAGGCACGAGCUCAAGGGUCUGCUGGCAGAGCGCAUCAACACUGGUGUCAGUGCUAGAUAUCUCACAAGCGGCGGCAUCGAUGUCGAAGCAUUGAUGAAGGGCGAGGGGAACACUGGGUUCUUGGGUGCGGUUGACGGGCUGGGUUUCGACGAUGAUGAGGACGUCAAGCCUGCGCCGGCGCCGGUGGAAGAGGAGUCAGACGAAGAAGACGAAAAGAAUGAGGUCAAUGAUGCGUCUGAAACACCGAAGGCGACGCAGAAACCUAAAGACAAGAAGGCGAGGAAGGAAAAGAAGCGCAAGAGGAAUGCGGAUGGCACGAAGAAGAAGUGGAUUCACCACUGAUUGACUUGUUGAGAUAUCCACACAUAGAUCAUAUUCCAAGGCACUGUGUAACACCUACAGUCCUGAAAAUCGCCAAUGCAUACCUGUGAAUUGCAAAUACCUGACCGAAACAAACUUCAUCAUGCAUUGGAUCCCAGGAGCAAACCCCUCCAACACCACACUGUUCCAAAAAGACAAUUGUCUUAUUCACCAAACAU